AUGAGAUGGAGGAGAGGAGAUGAGAAGAGAGGAGGUGGUGAAGGUAAAUAUACGGGUGAAGUUGGACUUGGAGGUCCAAUUAAAUUUAAAGUUAAAGGUAGGGCGUUCAUAGAUUUGAUUGGAUUGAUAAUUGGAUUUGUCAAAUUGUUAAGUGGUGAAUUGGAUGUUGUCGAUGCCGAAUAUGAAGUUGUCGGUGGAGAUGAUGUAGAGGGGUUUGAGGGUGGUGGAGUAGAUGGAGGAGGUGGAGGAGGUGGAGGAGGUGGAGGAGGUGGAGGAGGAGAAGUAAAUGGAGAGGAAGCUUCUUCUGAUGUUGUUGUAAUGAGGGCUGGUAGUGGAAUGCAACGAUAUAAAUUCGUCGAAGAACACUCGACUAGUUCGGCUGUCAGUCCUGUAACCAUUAGACCCACCGUGACGAAUGGAAGCACUUGUCAAAACAGAAGUAUGGCGAGGGAAGAAAUAGUAAGGAUGCCGAGUAAUGGAACAACCGCUUUAACGGGUGCCAUUAUUUCUGUGCUUGAAGUAAAGGAUAUUCGCUAUAAUCUUGGAGUUUAUGGGGAGUUUCUCCAGGGGGUCCCUAGCCGUCUUGGGAUCAGUGCUGCGCUGGAUGCAUCGGUCAAUGCUAUUGCGACUUCUUAUGCAUCGAUUCAUUCGCGGAAGAAACCCGUCGCAGCACUGGAGAGGUAUGGAAAAGGGUUGCACGCUCUGAGAGCUUCUUUAAAUGAUCUGAUAGAGGCUAGUUCAGCUAAUACGAUAUGCGCGUUCUACCUAAUGAUGAUUUGUCAGACGUGGAUGGCGCAUGGAGAAAACAAUGCAGAUCACGGCGAAGUGCUGAAGUAUUUGUUGAAUGCAGCUGCAGCUCAACAAUGGCAGGGUAGCUUUGAAAAUGACCUACUCAUUACUUUGUGUGUACCUUUGAUCAUGGCAAGCAUUCGAAACCCCAAGCUCCAAUGGACCGCGCGACUAGGAAAACUAACAGAAGCCCGCGAUAAAGCCAUCGGAAUCGAAAGUCUCAAGCUCCAAGUCUUGGCCCAGAUCCCCGAGUUUUUGAGAUGUCCACAAGUGUACUUACCCUUACCUGCCAUAACAUCCACGUAUCAUCAGAUGACCAUUGAUCUCUCCAACAUGCGGAAUUCUCUGGAUAAUCUUGAUCGAGACCCUCAUGCCCAAACAUUACAUGCUCGUUUUCAAGCUGGGUAUACUCUUGUACUUGCAUUUGCCAAUAUCCUAAACAGCAUACUACGUGCCUUUCCACACGUCGCCCCCGAUGAUAUAAUUUUGCUCUCAACAUCCGUGGCGUUUGUCGAAAAAACCAUUACGCUAGCUGAAGACGCACUCAGAUAUAGACCCUUGGGUUCAAGUUCCAUGCCACUUGUUCUAACCACUGCUUGGGUAGCUACCAAACAGUUAUCCCAGAAAAGUAGAAUCGAGAAGCUGGUGGAAGAAUAUCAAUCGGAUUUUGCGAUUAUGAAUUGGAUGGACGUUGCUUUCUGGCUAGAAGCUAGGCUGAAUAAUGUACACCUUCCACUUCAGGAUUUGGAAGUCAUCUCGCCAGAGUAA